GUCCGGCAUUGAGUGCGGGACGUCCGGUGUGUGGGGUCCAUCGCAUCACUCGCUCGGAUACUUCCUCAAGGAGAGCCCGGCUCUAGGGGCAAAUAUGUAGAUUAGGUUGUCCUGGGAUAUUUUUAGACAUUGGGAAUUUCCGCUACUUGCCAGAGUUCGAAUGUUAGAGUAUUUGGAAGGUUUUCAUCCACCUUGAAGAUACUACUGUGUGGACAAAAUGCUCAUUGUUUUCAUUGCACAUUUUAUGGCGGUUCUCGCCCAAUCAGCAGCAUCGUUUAACUGCCCCUCGCUGUUCAACUUCUACCCUGACGUCCACGACUGCACCAAGUUCUACCGCUGUAUCUGGGGGAAGGGCGCGGCCUUCAACUGCCCCACGGAGACCCUGUGGUCCCAGGAACUGCUGACCUGUAACCACGCCAAGGAGGUCAAGUGUGACAAGCCGCCCGUCUCAGACGAACUCAAGCUGUUUGAGGCGCCAGACUUCUCCGUCGACAUUGCAUCCGCUGCCAAGAAACAAAAAUACGAAACGUCGUACGGCGGAAAAUACGCCGGAUCUACCGCGGCUAAAGACGCGGAGGGUUAUAACGAAGAGGAAGAGGACGAUGAGGAAGGUGAUGAAAGCAGCAGUGAGGAUAGAGAGGAGGAAGGUAAUGAGGAAGAGGCGGAGGACAAAGCUAAUGACGAUAAAGAGAACGAAGAGGAAGAUAACAGUUGGAAAGACAAGAGCAAGCGAGAGGGAGACACUAAAGAUAAUUUCCAGUACAACCCGUUCGCGUUCAGCAACUACAGGUUCGGGUACUACCCACCCCCGCCCUUCUCCAGACCCGAGUAUCACAACAUCGUGAGCCCGGGGGGUAUGGCGCCCCUCCAGCAGCAUGUCCUACACCCAUCCUCACCCUACGUCAUGCCCCACCCCUCUCAGUACCAGCCCCCACCCUACCCGCCCCAGGCAGCCUACUACAUCUCUCCCCCUAAAUACCUCAUCCAUUCUCCCAAACAACUCCCCUUUGAGCAGCAGAUCGCUUUGCCCCGUGACCCCAAAUCCCCCUGGUACCAGAACAGUUUCCUGUACAACAAGCUGCUGCCGGUACCCCACUACGGGAGUCACGUGAUGAACCCCUACUAUGCCAGCCCAGAAAGCAACUUUGAGGUGGUCAAUGUUGACGUCACGCCCACCGAGCUAGACCGGAUGAAGGUGUACGACCCCCUACAAGACAAACCCCGUCGGGACGAUGACCUUUGGGGCGGGACGGAUCUGUUCAGGGCCGGCUAUGGGUACAAGAUUAUUUACCACAAAUAAUGAAACCUUCGCCUAAUUGCGCGAAAAUGUCAUCAAUAUUCCUUCACAUUUAGUCGCGAAUGUUCGUGUUAUUUAUGUUCAUUAGUAUUAUAAAUUUUUCUGCUGUUCAUUUAAAUUUCAUUUUUUAACUUCUCUUUGUUAGGAUUUAUAUUUCAAUCAUCUUACAGUGGUUUUGGCAAUAUCUUCUUAGCCUUUCAAUGGCUAUAAAAGGCAGCUGAAACGACAUAAAUACAAAUAGCAUUAGAAUUAUAAGUUUGUGUAUAUGUUUAAUCUUUUUUUUUACAUUAUUUUUAAGUAAAUCUGAUAGAUCCCCGAAAUAUUGACAAAUGUUGUCACGAUUUUAAAAUUUGUUAACUUUGACAGCUGCCUUUGUUGUCUUUAAACAAGACUCAAACAUCACAGUCCCAGUUUUAAAAUUACCGGUACUUAUAAUAGUCAUUUAUCAUACAAUUUAUUUUUGUAUUUACUUCUAUUUACAUAUGUUAUACAGUUUGUUGGGAAUUACUUGGGAU